AACGUGUAUUGUGUUGGCUAAUGCUGUUUUCUGCAUGAGUUCCACCCACACAAGCUAGCACACAAACACACACACACACCCACCCUUGCGCCCACCUCUCUUUCAACCCCAGCCCGACCGCAGCGUUUCGGCGACAAAUAAUCAGGUUUCUUCAUCGGGGCCUAGCAGGACUAAACGGCUCGACUAUGUGGAGACAGAACCUUGUCUCAGCUUCUUUGGUUUUUCUGCUGACGUUCGCCGAUGCUACGAAAUUCCUGAGCCAUAGCACGGCCUCACACUUCCUGCGCAGGCACAAGAGGGCUAACUCUCUUUUUGAGGAGCACAAAGAGGGCAACCUGGAAAGGGAGUGCAUCGAGGAGCUGUGCAACAAGGAGGAGGCCAGAGAGAUCUUUGAGAACCAGCCUGAGACGGAGUACUUUUACCCAAAGUAUAUUGUGUGUCUGGGAUCCCACCGUGUGGGCAUCAAAAAACAGACAACCUCUGAUUCUGCAAUUCCAUCUGAUCUUCGCACAUGUGUGAAGGAAAUCAGCAAUCAGUGCACACCGAACCCAUGCUACAAGGAAGGUUCCGAGCGCUGUGUGGAUGGCCAAGCCUCUUACACAUGUGUCUGCAAGCCUGGCUGGAGGGGGCAAAGCUGUAAUCAUGACGUCGAUGAGUGUUCAGAUCCGGAGCUUCCUGCAGGAUGUAACCAAAAAUGUCACAAUAUUCCUGGAAGCUUCCACUGCAUGUGUGAAGAUGGCUACUUCCUCAUUGACAAUAUCAACUGUAUGGAUGUCAACGAGUGCCUGAUGUACCCUAGUAUUUGUGAAAAGCCGGCUAAAUGUGUCAACACACCGGGCAUGUUUGAGUGUGUGUGUCCACCAGGGUUCAAGUACAACUUCACUUCCAAAACCUGCAAUGAUGUGGAUGAAUGCCAGUCAAGCAUGUGCGGUGGCACUUGUAUUAACAACGUGGGCAGCUACAAGUGCCACUGCGAUGGCCGUGAAGGUCUUCACUUGGCGGACGAUGAGCACAGCUGUGAAAAGAUCCCGGUCUGUGUGGAACUGUAUGACUCCAAAUAUGCUGAGAUGUUGUACCUGGGGGAGCAGUUUGCAGGACUCCCUGUCAUAUAUCUUCUCUUCCGUCUGCCAGAGAGCACAAAGUUUACAGCUGAGUUUGACUUCCGCACAUAUGACCCAGAGGGAGUUAUUCUCUAUGCUGAGUCCUCUCGGGACUCAUGGUUCAUGCUGGGGAUACGAGAUGGCCAAAUUGAGGUCCAAUAUAAAAAUCCACACACUUUCAAGGUGACCAGUGGAGGCAAAGCUAUCAACGAUGGACAGUGGCAUGUGAUCUCUGUGGAUGAACUGGAGAACAGCAUCAGUGUGAAGAUAAGCAAAGAAGCUGUAAUGAGCAUCAACAGUCCAGAGAGUCUCUUAACUCCUGUUAAUGGCAAACUGGACACCAAAGUUUUCAUCGCUGGUUUGCCCAAUCGCAUCAACAGUGUCAUCAAACCUAUCAACCCCAGACUUGAUGGCUGCAUCCGGGGCUGGAACAUAAUGAACCAGGGAGUAUCUGGAGUGAAAGAGGUCAUCCUGGAGAAGAAGAGUAAACAGUGUUAUGUGUAUGUGGAACCAGGAUCUUUCUUCACUGGGGAAGGACUGGCACACUUCAAUAUUGACUACAGUGACUCUGGUAGCUGGAAGGUGGAUUUAAGGCUGAAUAUACGUCCUUCCAGCAGCACUGGUGUCAUCUUUGCUCUGGUUUCCAACAACACAGUCCCACUGUCGGUGGCUGUGUUAACACAAGGACAAGAGGAUGCUAACCUGCAAGUUUUCCUGGAUGGGGUUUCCGUGGUAACGCUGGACUCACUGAUGUUAUGCUACCCUGACCACUUAACAGUGCUGCUGAGUGUAACUCCAACAGCAAUGCAACUCUCAGCAAACUCCUCCACUGUUAAGUACAUACUGCCAGAUGCCCUGCAGGAGGCACUGCAGGACCUUAACACCAAAAUGCAAAGCCCCAUCAGUACCUACAUUGGUGGGAUACCAGAUGACGUCCCGUUAGCUGCGACCCCAGUGACAGCCUAUUAUCACGGCUGCAUGAGCGUCUCUGUCAACGGCCAGAUGUUGGACUUCGACGAGGCCCUGAGCAAACACAACAGUAUCAAGUCCCAUUCCUGUCCUCCUCCUUCACCCCCAGAGACUGAUGCUCCUCACCCGCAUGGAGAGUGACCUUGAUUAACCACUACCCCCACCACUCGCAGUAGGCAGCAGUGUCCUCAUUCCCUGUGGGGUAUUUGAAAUAUAGGACACAGGAUUUGAAGGAGGAUGAGGGAAAGAACAUGAAGAAGAGAUAGCGUUAAAAGGUUGUAGUUGGUUUAUUUUUUGCCACAUAUGCCUUUCUUACAGUAUAUCUUAUAAGUAUUUUCCUUUCAUACAAUGUAUAGUUCCUUGUUCUGAUUACUUGUAGUGAAGUACGACGACAGCUCGUUUGCUGGAAGUUGGAUGACGUAGUUAUAGCGCUUUGUUGCUACCGAGAAAUUCCAAGAAAUGUUGGAAAACAGCAGAGCGUAUUAGCACGCAUACCAUGUGUUGAGCAAGAGAUGGUUGUUUUUGGGUCACAUAUGCUCCCUGCAGACCACCUGAGUCUGUCCUCUAUCAGUGGAUCAUGAUGUCAUUUUUCUUGUACAAAGAAAUUACUUGAAAAUAAAAAAUACAAAA